GCGAUCACAAGCGCAAGCACAUAUAUCGCGCCGGCAUGGUUGUCUCGCGUUUGCGGAGUGCAGGGUUUGCCGUCAUUGUUCUGGCUUCCUUGAUUUCUUGGAGGGUGUUUCAGGGAUCAGACCUUGCAUCUACAUCAGCAUUUUCAAUUGCUGAAAUUGCCACAGCAGAGGAGGUGGUAGCUGAAUCGACGACAACUUCCCCUCCGGACCGCUGGGCGGAGCUGUUCAGUGGCCAGCGGCAUAGACCCCCCCAAUGGAGCCAAAACCCGAUUGUGUUGCAAUAUGUCGCCGAGCUUGCUCGAACGUCUUCUACCAACCAAAGAACAGGCAUUAGCACCUUUGGAAACUGGGAAAAGAGUGAUUCGCUAAUGAUGUGCAUUCAAGAAGUUUUCACCACAUACUUUUAUGACAUGCCGCUGAGUGAAUUUCGAGCAUCAAGGCCGAGUGUUAAGCGCAUCAAGACACUCAGCAUUGGUUGUGGGGAUGGGGCCUGGGAGAAAUCCUUGGUUGUCGCAGGUUUCACAGACGACUUGACUGGAUUUGAUACAAGUCACGGUUCAGUGGCUCGCGCCAAUUCCAAUCUGCAGAACUGGUCGACCAUGCUGAGAUUUGCAGUUUUUGAUGCCAACUCGGAUCCCAUCAAUGGCACCUUCGAUUUGAUUUACUGCCAUCAUUCACUGCAUCAUAUUCAAAAUUUAGAAUUCUUUUACGAGCAGGUGUAUCGGUCAUUGCGGCCAGGAGGCAUUUUUGCAUUUGAAGACUUUGUUGGCCCAACGCGGUAUCAGUGGACACCUGCGCAACUGCAAAUUCAGAAUAAGAUUUUGCAGGCAUUGCCACGAUACUUGCGAAAUCACGCUUUAGCUCCUGGCGUCUACGCAGACAAGAUGCACAUGCAUACCCACACGGGAAUGAUACGGGAAGAUCCUUCUGAAGCAGUUCGGUCGAGUGAGAUACUUCCUGUUCUGGAGAAAUGGUUCAGCAGCAAGUUGCCAAUUGUGGAGCGUGUGCCGCUUGGAGGGACCAUUCUCCACCCGCUUUUUAAUAUCAUUGGGUGGAACUUUAAUUUGAGCAACCCCGAGCACGCUUCUCUCGUGCAGAUGAGCUGCAUCAUUGAUUGGCUUGCAUUGACCGUUCUGAAGCAAUCAGAUUUUGUCGCAGUUGUGACAAGGAAGGCAGCAACUCUUAUUUCAGCGCAACAAACCAGCUCUGAAAGGCUUUUGUUAGAGGGUGAAAGUUCUCUUGAAACAUCUACAUCAGCAUUUUCAAUUGCUGAAAUUGCCACAGCAGAGGAAGUGGUAGCUGAAUCGACGACAACUUCUCCUCCGGACCGCUGGGCGGAGCUGUUCAGUGGCCAGCGGCGUAUAGUCCUCCAAUGGAUCCAAAACCCGAUUGUGUUGCAAUAUGUCGCCGAGCUUGCUCGAACGUCUUCUACCAACCAAAGAACAGGCAUUAGCACCUUUGGAAACUGGGAAAAGAGUGAUUCGCUAAUGAUGUGCAUUCAAGAAGUUUUCACCACAUACUUUUAUAACAUGCCGCUGAGUGAAUUUCGAGCAUCAAGGCCGAAUGUUAAGCACAUCAAGACACUCAGCAUUGGUUGUGGGGAUGGGGCCUGGGAGAAAUCCUUGGUUGUCGCAGGUUUCACAGACGACUUGACUGGAUUUGAUACAAGUCACGGUUCAGUGGCUCGCGCCAAUUCCAAUCUGCAGAACUGGUCGACCAUGCUGAGAUUUGCAGUUUUUGAUGCCAACUCGGAUCCCAUCAAUGGCACCUUCGAUUUGAUUUACUGCCAUCAUUCACUGCAUCAUAUUCAAAAUUUAGAAUUCUUUUACGAGCAGGUGUAUCAGUCAUUGCGGCCAGGAGGCAUUUUUGCAUUUGAAGACUUUGUUGGCCCAACGCGGUAUCAGUGGACACCUGCGCAACUGCAAAUUCAGAAUAAGAUUUUGCAGGCAUUGCCACGAUACUUGCGAAAUCACGCUUUAGCUCCUGGCGUCUAUGCAGACAAGAUGCACAUGCAUACCCACACGGGAAUGAUACGGGAAGAUCCUUCUGAAGCAGUUCGGUCGAGUGAGAUACUUCCUGUUCUGGAGAAAUGGUUCAGCAGCAAGUUGCCAAUUGUGGAGCGUGUGCCGCUUGGAGGGACCAUUCUCCACCCGCUUUUUAAUAUCAUUGGGUGGAACUUUAAUUUGAGCAACCCCGAGCACGCUUCUCUCGUGCAGAUGAGCUGCAUCAUUGAUUGGCUUGCAUUGACCGUUCUGAAGCAAUCAGAUUUUGUCGCAGUUGUGACAAGGAAGGCUUAGGCCUUAUAUAGGCUGUUUCAAUCAAACGAUGCUGCAAUCAAAAA